AUGUCUUGUAUAAUUCCAAUUGUUGUUGGUACUUCAUUAAUAUUUGCUAAGGUCAUCACUAAAGAAACAGAAGCACAAUUAAGUACAUAUUCAAAAGCUGGACAAAUCGCUCAAGAAGUAUUUAGUUCAUUAAGAACUGUUCUUUCAUGCAAUGGUAGCAAAUCACAACAAAAACAAUAUGAAAAAGAAUUAAAAUUAAACGAAUGGUAUACUGUUCGCAAAGACGCUGCAUUUGGUGCUUUUUUUGGUUGGUUAUUUUUUAUAAAUUUUCUCGUUUAUUCAAUUGGUUUCACUUUUGGUUCGAUUCUUAUGGCUUAUGGAAAUCAUCGUACACUAACCAUUAGUGAGAUUCUUGUUGUUGUAAAUAUGUUUGCACAAGCUUUGGGUUUUCUUAAUUCAAUUGGUCCUUUCUUCCUAUCAAUUUCGGAAGCUCAAGGUGCAGCAGUAUCCGUAUUUCGACUUAUUGAUGAGGUACAUGAUGAAAAUUUGAAUGAAAAAGAAAUAUUAGAAGAAAAUAUAUUUGAUGAAAAAUCAAUUUCUAAUAUCAAUGGUGAUAUUGAAUUUGACAAUGUUAGUUUUUCAUAUCCAUCUAGAGAAAAUCUACUCGCUUUAAAUAAUCUGAAAUUGAUUGCUCGUGCUAAUCAAACAACUGCUCUUGUGGGUUCAAGUGGUUGUGGAAAAAGUACAUGUGUAUCACUUCUUCUUCGCUAUUAUGAACCUUUCUCAGGCAGAAUUAUGAUUGAUGGUCAAUCAAUUACAGAUUAUAAGAUCAAACAAUUUCGACAAAAUAUUGGAGUUAUUCUAUUUGGAAUAAGUUUUUAUGAAAAUAUUCGUUUUGGUAAAAUGAAUGCAACACGUGCAGAGAUUGAACAAGCAGCAGAACAAGCUAAUGCACAUAACUUCAUUAUGAAAUUACCAAAUAAAUAUGAAACACUGGUUGGUGAACGUGGUAUACAAUUGAGUGGUGGUGAAAAACAACGUAUUGCAUUAGCUCGUGCACUUGUCAAACAACCCAACAUUCUUUUGUUAGAUGAAGCAACAAGUGCACUUGAUAAUGUUAGUGAAAAAAUUGUUCAAGAAGCACUUGAUCGAGCAUGCAAAAAUCGUACAACUAUAGUUAUUGCUCAUCGUUUGACUACGAUUCAAAAUGCUGAUUAUAUCUAUGUAUUAGAUAAAGGAGGUGUUAUUGAAGAAGGUACACAUGAAACAUUAUUGGCAAAAGAAGGAGGGAAAUAUCAAACAAUGGUCAAAAUGCAACAAUCUAAAAAAACGAUUAAUACACAAGAUGGCUUGAUGAAUAUGGUAGAAGCAGUUGCUGCUGAUGAAGAGCAACUAGUGGAACGUGUUCGUCUAUUGAGUGAGAGCGAAGCAAUUAAUAUAAAUCAAGAAUUCAAUGAUUGUAAAUACAGUGAUGUACGUCGUCGAGUAUUGAUUACAAGUGGUUUAUUUAUUAUUAUUGGCGCUGUUUUUAUGAUUAUUCAUUUAUUUCAAUUUGUGGCAUUUGGAGUCGCAGGAGCGAGAAUAGUUAGUCGUCUUCGUUCGAAAGCUUUCGGAUGUUUUCUUCGUCAAGAAGUGGCUUAUUUUGAUCGACCUGAGAACAGUUCCGGUGCUAUUUGUACCCACCUCUCUUCUAAUGCAGCUGCUAUUGAAAACAUGGUUGGUUCAAGAUUAGGUGUUAUUUGUGAAGCUUUAUCCUUGUCUAUUUUUGGCUUCGUACUUGGCCUUUUUUUCAACUGGCAAUUAACAAUAACCAUAGCUAUUCCUGUCGUUAUCAUAAUGAUCGUCACUAUUAUCCAAAUACGAUUGAGUUCUUGGUUGAAGACACAAUCUGAUCUCAUUUACUCUCAGGCUGGCACGCUUGCUGUUGAAGUUAUUAACAGUAUGCGCACAGUAAAACAAUUAUCAAUGGAAAAUGAAGUUUCACGACAAUACUCGAAUAUGAUGGAUCAAGUAUUAACGAUAUUUUGGAAACCCGAGGUACUGUUUUCAGCAGCACUUGGAUUGUACUGGGCGAUGAAUUCGAUCGCUUUGGGACUUUUAUAUUGGCGUGCUUUGGUACUUGUUGAAAACAAUGAAAUAGACAUGAGCGAUGUUGUUAUGACUUCUGCUUUUGGAAUGUUCGCAUUAGAAUCACUAAACGUUGUUGGAAUGUUAGCCGAACGUAUUGGCGAAUCAUUUGCUGCUGCUCACGCAUUUUUUGAUCUAUUUGAUCGAAUACCAAUUAUUGAUAAUGGAUCUAAUAAAGGCCAGGAAUUAGCUAACUUUAGUGGAGAAACAAAAUUUAAUCAAGUUAAAUUUGUUUAUCCAACUCGUCCAGCAGUUCUCGUUCUUAAUAAACUUCAAUUAUCUAUUAAAUCAGGUCAACGUAUAGCUCUUGUUGGUGCAUCUGGAUGUGGAAAAUCAACAAUAGUUCAAUUAUUAGAACGAUUUUAUGAUGUUACACAUGGAGAAUUACUUCUUGAUGGUGUUGAUAUUCGAAAAUUAAAUCUUCAAUGGCUUCGUUCUCGUCUCGGUGUUGUUAGUCAAGAACCAGUUUUAUUUGAUUUAACAAUUGCUGAAAAUAUAGCAUAUGGUUUAGAAAAUAUACCAAUGGAUGAGAUUAUACUUGCUGCAACUAAAGCUAAUAUUCAUCAAUUUAUUCAACAACUACCACAAGGUUAUGAGACAAAAGUUGGAGUAAAAGGUAGUUUUUUAUCAGGUGGUGAAAAACAACGU